AUGCCGACCCUAGCGUGUUGCGUUGAUGCUUCUCCCCCGUUUCCUCCCGGUUACAUUGCCUGGGAUGGUUCUUUUCCCGCGCCGGAGCCUUUUUCCGGCGUACCACAUUCGAGAAACACCGUUCUACCUGAUCUAUCAUCCGCCGCUCAAUGGUCACCGAAUCACUCCGCUGCUCUCUACAGAAUUAAUGGGUGGGGUGCGCCUUACUUCUCUGUUAACUCCUCCGGCAAUGUCGCCGUCCGUCCGCAUGGUUCCGGAACCAUGGACCAUCAGGAGAUUGAUCUCCUGAAGGUUGUGAAGAAGGCGUCUGACCCGAAAUCGACCGGAGGUCUUGACCUGCCGCUUCCACUCAUCAUCCGGUUCCCGGACGUUCUCAAGAACCGCCUGGAGUCGAUCCAGUCGGCUUUCAAUUGCGCCAUCGAGUCGCAGGGAUACGGCUCGCAUUACCAGGGAGUUUAUCCCGUGAAAUGCAAUCAGGACCGGUUCGUCGUCGAGGACAUUGUGAAAUUCGGUUCCUCUUUUAGGUUCGGAUUGGAGGCCGGAUCCAAACCAGAGCUUCUUCUAGCCAUGAGCUGUCUCUGCAAAGGAAGUUCUGAAUCUCUCCUGAUUUGCAACGGCUUCAAAGAUGCAGAAUACAUCUCACUUGCUUUGAUCGCUCGAAAGCUUUCGUUGAAUACUGUGAUUGUUCUCGAGCAAGAAGAGGAGCUGGAUUCAGUUAUUGAUAUGAGCCGAAAACUUGGUGUUCUUCCCGUUGUAGGAGUCCGUGCUAAGCUCCGUACGAAGCAUUCAGGCCAUUUUGGAUCGACUUCCGGCGAAAAAGGUAAGUUUGGUCUUACAACGACGCAAAUUCUCCGUGUUGUGAAGAAGCUUGAAAAAUGUGGUAUGUUAGACUGCCUACAAUUGCUCCAUUUCCAUAUCGGAUCUCAGAUCCCUUCCACUGACUUACUGGCCGAUGGCGUUGGUGAGGCGGCGCAAAUUUACAGUGAAUUAGUCCGCUUUGGUGCAUCCAUGAAAGUUAUCGACAUAGGCGGUGGACUAGGCAUUGAUUACGAUGGUUCAAAAUCAACCGACUCAGAUGUCUCCGUGGGUUACACUCUUGAAGAGUACGCCGCCGCGGUUGUUCAGGCGGUAAAGUUUGUUUGUGAUCAGAAAUCCGUGAAGCAUCCGGUGAUUUGUAGCGAGAGCGGACGAGCCAUUGUGUCCCACCAUUCAAUCCUCAUAUUCGAAGCGGUUUCUUCCAGCAAAUACACCGUGCCAAUUUUGUCUUCCACUGACGUUAAGCAGUUCGGCGAAAGCCUCCCUGAGGAAGCUCAAUCCGAUUAUGAUAAUCUUUCACAGUCCGCCAUCAGAGGCGAGUAUGAAGCUUGUCUGGCGUAUGCUGAUCAGCUGAAGCAUAGAUGCAUUGAGAAAUUCAAAGAUGGAAGUCUUGACAUGGAGCAGUUGGCCUCCGUUGAUGGGUUAUGCGAUCUGGUGGCGAAAACAAUCGGAGCAUCGGAUCCGGUGACCACAUAUCAUAUCAAUCUCUCCGUGUUCACUUCAAUUCCUGAUUUCUGGGGAUUCGGCCAAUUGUUCCCAAUCGUCCCGAUUCACCGGCUGGAAGAAUUUCCAAACAAGAAGGGAGUUCUAUCGGAUUUAACCUGCGACAGCGAAGGGAAGAUCAACAAGUUCAUCGGCGGAGAAUCAAGCUUACCUCUCCAUGAGCUGGAAGGUGAGAAUUCAAUGAGAUACUAUCUAGGAAUGUUCUUGGGUGGUGCAUACGAAGAAGCUCUGGGAAGUCUCCACAACCUGUUCGGCGGACCUUCAGUGAUCCGAGUAUCUCAAAUCGACGGCCCACAUGGGUUUUCCGUGACCCGGGCUGUUCCGGGCCCAUCUUGCAGCGACGUCCUCCGGGCCAUGAACCAUGAACCGGAGGUGAUGUUUGAGACUCUUAAGCACAGAAUCGUGGAGUAUGUUCAUGAUGAAGGUGGCAUGGCUGGAGCUUUAAUCGCGGGUGGAAUUGCAGAAUCUUUCCAUAACAUGCCUUAUUUGAGUGUCGGAUCUUCUUGCUGUUUAACUGCUGCAAAUGGGAUUAACGAGUAUUACUACUCUGGCGAGGGGUUCACUCUCACUGCCGGAUGUGAUGUAGUCUCCGGCGAGGAUCACCAUGAUCAGUGA